AUGCCUGAAGACGUGGACAAGCCUUUGAACGUUCUGGACAUGUUCAAAAAUUUGAACAAGAUUGGAAAGCACAGGGUGAGAAAUGCACUAUUCGGAAGAAUGAAUAAAUUGUCAUUGGAAGCAUUGGUGUGGGAUGGAUCUGUUCAAAAUCAUCAUGAUGAAAAUCAUUUUGAAAUUACAUGUGAAUUGGAGAAUCGAGAGGGUACCAAUAAUGAUGAUGAAAUAAUUUUAGAUGCCAAUCCGACACCUCCAUUUGUGGCUCAAAAACAAGAAAUUGUCAAUCAUGAAAUGAUGGACGAAGACAUAGAGCCGAUCAUUGAAGUAGCGGAGGAAUUUGAAGAGGAUACUAACGUAAUUUCAAUUCUUUCAGAUCCUCAACAGCAAAUGGAAAAUGAUGAAACAUUAACCAAUCCAAUUGAUCCUUCUAUACUUGCUACAUGCUCUCAUGAAUAUCCAAAAGAAAGCUCCAAUUUCAAGGGAUUCAAAGCAAGCGAGUUUCAAAAUGCGAUUUUGGAUCAUUGUGACAAGGUCAGAGAACAUACAGGUCAUAAAACUGGGCUUGUGGUGUUAGCUACCGGUCUUGGAAAAACGAUUCUUGUCAUUCUUGACAUUGAGAGAGAACUGUCACGAAUUAAGCAAAAUGACUUGAAAAAAUUCAAAAUGCUCUUUCUAGUACACUCGAAGGUGAUCCGAGAUACUUCUUUUUCGAAAUUCAAGAUGCAAUUUACGUCUGAAUAUCAGGAUCUGGAUAGUAGGUGGGAUUUUAAAGACUCUGAUUUCCUCAACAUUACUGAAAAUGAAAACCAAGCGAGUAUUGAGGGCAAGUUGAAGAGAGCAAAAUUUGUGUUCUGUCUAUUCCAGUCGUUUGAGAAAAUUAACUUGAAAGAUUCUCAAUUCACACAUUGCGUGAUUGACGAAGUACAUCACGUAGUAGCCACCACCUAUAAUAAGGCGUUUAAAUCACUCAUGAAAUUACCAUCACUCAAAUACAUGCUGGGAAUGACAGCAACACUCGUCCACAGAGAAGAUCCCACAGGGGACAAACUCAAGGAAAAAUUCAAAGGGAUUGUAUACGUUAAUUUACCUUGGAGACUAGCUAAAACACUUGGAUUCUUUCCUCCUGUAGAGUAUUUGGAAUAUCUUCCCUAUACCAUCCAAUCAAGCUUAGAUAUUUUAACCUAUCAACAAAUAUUCAAAGAAGCAUUUGAUCCAUAUAACAAUCCAAAACGUCAACUUCCAAACUUCAUUGCUAAAUUAGACAAAAGUCUACAUCAAUUAGGAAUGAAUACGGAUGAGCAGGUGAAAAAAAAGCUCACACCUGAAAAUAUUACCAACGUUUUGAUCCAAUUCUUUACACAACAAAUUAAUGCUGGAUUGCAGACCAAAAGAAAAACCAUUAUUUUUGCCAACUCAUGCGAAACAGCAGACAAAAUUUCAAAAAUUAUCAAUGAAAAAUCAACUCGCACAUUGCAGCUAAAAGCAUCUUCCAUCCACUACAAGAAAGGAAUCAAACAAACAAAGCAAAUACUAGAGGAUUUUUCCAACGGUAAGCUCAAUGUGUUGGUGAAUGUUAUGAUGGUCAGCGAGGGCUAUGAUGUCAAGGAUGUUGAUUGUCUAGUUUUGGCACGACAGACCGAGUCUGAAAUUGUUUUUCUUCAACAAAUUGGAAGGGCAAUGAGAAGAAAUACUGACAAGAGUGUCACCAUUAUUGACUUGGCUCUUAAUUUGCGUAAACGUUGGAAAAGACUUUUCAAUGAUGACUUUCAAAAUGAAGAGGAAUUGAAAAAGAUGGUUGUUGAGUUUUGGAAUGUGGAAAAUUUUGUGGGAGAUCCUAUAAAUUUCCAGACGACCGAACAAUAG